GCGUUAUUCGUAAACAGCUGUUAACGUGUGUGUUGAACAGUGAAACGUGGGACAAAUUUUAUUACCUACGUCAGUUAUUCAUUCAUUUAUGUACUCGCGGCUUGUGCGCAGUGAUAAAUAGCUGCCCACACUCGCGUUUGUUUUCGCAAAAUGUUGUGAUAAAAAACAAAGAUGACAGUGAACGUAUAAUUUGACAUUGACAUUCAUUUUAUGACACGACGGCGCGCGAAUUUUAAGCAAGUUUAGAAUAAAAUAUAUUAAAAAAUGUUGCGUUGUAAAUAAUGUUAUUUUCAUCUCUGUGUAUGGAACGGUGUCAAUGAUGUAAAGUGAAAGUGGACAUAUUAGCAGUUUUUACGAACAGUUGUCAUUCUUAAAGCAUAUGGACAGUGGACACUCCUCUUGAUGCCCUUGCUUGCAACAUUGGCAAAUCAUCAUUUAUCCAAAGAAUUUCCGAAUGCUUCCGCAUAAUUUUAUUUCUAUUUCAGAAGUAUUGUAAAGCGCCGGGCGGCAUUUACGGGAUAAUAGCUGUUUCACAAAUAAUAGCAUAUAAUAAAGCAUUACUUAUAAUUAUUUUUGAAAAGGAAGACUUCUAAAAACAUUUAAAACGUCAUAAAAGAAACGCAAGUCACCUUGAAAACAGGUUUUGUUAAAAUUUAUUAAACUACGUCUCUAGUAACUAAAAAUCAAGAUGCCGUCCUUUACUAUGACCGAAGGUGGAUUUGGUGUGGGUGAUUAUGUGGUUUUCGGGACGCUGUGUAGUCUAUCCUGUGCUGGUGGGAUUUGGUACAGUGCGGUGGGAUCAAGGACGAAGGCAGUACGGGAUCUUAAAGAUUACCUACUGGGUGGAAAGUCGAUGUCGACUUUCCCAGUCGCAAUGUCUUUAAUAGCCAGUUACGUAUCAGGCGUUACAAUUCUCGGUACUCCAGCGGAGAUAUACAACUAUGGUACUCAGUAUUGGCUCGUGAUUGUUGGCGUGGCUCUCAGCUGCCUCAUAGUGGCUACUAUGUACCUGCCCGUGUUCUGCACUUUGCGACUUUCAUCUUCCUACGAGUAUCUUCAGCUGCGAUUUAAUCGUCAUGUGCGGGCGGUUGCUUCUUUUUUGUUUUUAUUGGAUGAAGUGCUGUUCCUACCAAUGGUUAUCUAUGUUCCAGCCUUAGCAUUUAAUCAAUUGACGGGUUUUAACGUGUUCGCUGUGGCCGGUGGCAUGGUCCUGAUCUGUGGACUAUAUACAGCAUUGGGCGGUCUUAGAGCAGUAGUGUGGACGGACUCCUGGCAGACCGGCGUGAUGUUCAUCGGAGUGUUUCUGGUAGCCAUAGCUGGUACAUGGGCGGUAGGAGGUGUGUCCACUGUCUUCGAUACAGCUGCGGAGUCUGGUCGACUGGAGUUGUCUAAUUGGAGUUUUGUACCUUACGAGCGUCAGACUGGAUGGGGUGCGGUCAUAGGCGGUUUCUUGUACUGGACUUGCUUCAACUCCGUCAAUCAAACCAUGGUCCAGCGAUAUAUUUCUUUGCCCAGCAAGAGAAAAGCUAUUACGGCCUUAGGUAUAUUCUGCAUAGGGGCAAUGCUAGCGAUAUCCUUGUGUGUAUGGUGUGGGUUGGCUGCAUGGACUGCGUGGGUACAAGGCGGCUGCGACCCACGUGGAGCGCCACUUGUUGAUGAUAGACUGCUCCCAGCAUUCGUCACUUAUGUGGCCAAUGUGCAGAAGCUUCCAGGGCUGGCUGGAGUCUUUUUGGCUGGGGUUUUUGGAGCUGGUUUGAGUUCCUUAUCAGCAGUGCUGAACGCAUGCGCAUUGGUUGUUGUGGAGGACAUAAUGCAUGGUUGGAUGCAAAUCCGCCUCCGUCCGAUGGUGGAAGGCAUUCUCGCCAGGUCUGUGACGGGUCUUUUGGCUAUCUCCUCUCUGCUGAUGCUGCUUGUCAUUCAGAAGCUCGGUGGCGUUCUUGGAGUUGCAACAGCAUUAUCAGCCAUAGCAUCGAGCUCGACGUGUGGUAUCUUCACCUUGGGCAUGGGAUGUUGGUGGGUGGGACCUCGUGGUGCCAUCGCUGGUGGGAUUGCUGGGGCUAUUGUUGCUGGAACAGUAUCAAUUGGCACUCAAGCGGCAGCUGCGGCAGGCUUGAGGUCACCUCCACUUAACUUCACCUCUGAAUGCGUCAAGAAUGCGAGCUUUGUGUUCGAACAUAGUACAGUCGAUCCGGAAUCACUGUUCCCCCUUUUCCGUCUUUCCUACCAUUGGAUUGCGCCUCUCGGUCUCCUCGCGACUAUUUUAGUGGGGGCCAUUGUGGGAUGGUUUUUUGACGCGAAGGAUGAUAGCAAAAUGGAUGCUGAACUAUACUUCCCUCUGAUAUGGAGGUGGCUGCCCACGGAGGCCAUUGAGAGGGCAGGGGAGAUUAGGCGAAUUAUUGCAACUAAGGAGGCGGACACGCCGGCACCGUCGUCUCCUUUAAUAUUGGGCAGGAUUACUGAUAAGGUUCCUAAGCCUGAGACGAGUAGAUGAAGAUGUAAGGUGAGACAAAAUUCUGCAGAAAGCAGAAUGUUCUGUGAAGUAUUGUUAAUGUUGUUUUAUUUAAUGUUAAAAUUAAGAAUUUUUAUAUUACGUUACGAGAAUUGAUAUUAAGAUUUUACUAGGCGCAUAAAAUGUAUAUUGAAUUGUCUGAUUGUUAUGAUAAACUCAUACUUUAUAGAAUUCUUGUAAAAUAGUAAGUAGAGAAUUGUGAUUAUAGAUAUAUAUAUGAAUUAAAUUAAAACUUUUAAAUUAUACAAAAUUAGCUAGCGAAUUUCAUUUGGUCCCAAUUUUUUUUUAAUUUACCUCUUUGUGGCUACAUAUCAACAUAUGGAACAUUUUGCUAUGCUACCCCACAGUAACUGUUCUGAAUUAAAAACCUCACCUGCUAAUUUAAAAAAAAUACAUUUUUUGUCUUUCCGUUGGAAUUGGGCCAAUCCUAGCGCCCAGCGCUUAUAUUUUCCGAUUUUUUACAGGAAUCGGAAAUAAAAGUUCACUUAUGUACUUUACUUUCUAUAGGCGCUUAGUAGAAUUGUAUUAUUAUCUAAUUUAAUUGUUUUAUCGUAAUUAUUUAAAAGUAAUACUUAAAACCUAUUUAGUAUUUAUUAUCAUUCCCAUUUUCUAGCAUAGUCUUCAUUCAUGAGAUCUAAGACUUUACAGUCAACUGUAGACUUCGAUCCAGUUUAUCUUAACUUGAGUUUAUAUUUUAGUAGUAAAAUAUUUCCAAACAUUAGGUAUAAGGUUCAGAUUUAAUCAUUAAUGAGUUAAUUUAAAAAAUAUAUUUUCGCCUAUAAAUUGACAAAAGACGUUAAGAAUGUACUGACAAUUUAACGAGAGAGAUAUUUAAAUUACUAUUUUUUAUGAAUCUGACUCUGUCAGAUCUAACGUAACUAUCUUAUUAAUAUUAAACUAACCCGAUGUAAUUAAUAAAUAAAUUUCAUGAUAUUUCAUUUGUUUUAUAAUCAAAUACUUAGAGGUAUGUACUUUUUUACGAAAUCUUAAGAAAAUAACGUAAAAAGGCUUGUUUCAAAGAUACUUGCAAACCAUGAAUUUUAUAAAAAUAUGUUUA